UGCAAGCGCCUUGCAUGAAAACAAAACACACGAGGAAACAGUUAUGUUGCCAACAAGUUUCCCCAAGAUUGUUUGAAUGAGAGAGUGAUGAAGAUUGCGUCAUCCUGUUUCGUAGCAUCUAGUGACAUCAGUGACUACCAUGCAUUGUAUUUGGUUAUGUGUAAAUGUUUAUUUUCAGAUAUGAUUCAAAAGUGUAUCGAUCUCAGCAGCACAUGUUGCAUACGAUAGGCUAUUCCUAUAGUAUAUAUAGGGACUAUGCACGUGUAUGAUUUAUCCAUCGUGUAGUAAUUAUGCUACAAACGACAUGGAUCGCUAUCAUCCUAGGAGUUUGGUCCUCUAUGUAUUUACUGGACGCGUUUCUUAAGUCACACAAAUCCUGGAGCAGAAACUACAUUCACUUUUUGGAUAGAACUGGGCUAGCUAUCUCCAUUUGCCAGCUACGAUGGUACUCCACUUUCCUCAAUCGUACAUUUCUGCGUAUUGGCCAAUGGCGCCCCAAUUUCCUGAAGGUGUGGUUCACUUGUGGUGUAGUGUUUGGACUCCUCGCCAUGCUGCUGUCCAUGUUUCUGCUAACUCUACUUGUCAUCAACACCUUCCGGAAACAACCUGUAGAGCAACAGGUCCUUACUCCUAUAAUGCCAGGGAUAAACCUGCCGGCCAGCCAGGUAUCAUAUUACCUACUGACCCUGCUGGUGUGUGGUAUCCUCCACGAGGUCGGACAUGCUGUGGCAGCUGUUAGGGAGCAGGUGCGUGUAAAUGGGUUCGGCCUAUUCUUGUUGAUCAUUUACCCUGGUGCCUACGUCGAUUUGUACACCGAUCACCUGCAGGUUGUCUCCCCUAUACGGCAGCUCCGGAUCUAUUGUGCUGGGGUGUGGCAUAACUUUGUGAUAGUGAUAUUUUCUGUGAUUAUGUUAUUUCUCCUACCCUAUGUUUGGAUACCUCUGUACACAUCAGGCAAUGCUGUGGCUGUUACUUAUGUUACACAGAACUCAGCAGUGUCUGGUCCGCGCGGUCUCAGCGUGGGGGACUCCAUCACCAGUAUCAGUGGCUGUCGUGUACGUAACCUUGACGACUGGACCAGCUGCAUUGGUGCGAGCAUGCGGCAGUCAUCACUGGGACACUGUAUGGCCAUCGACCUCUUAAAAUCUCUAGACACCAAAGAUCGAAAUUUAUCCAUAUCUGGCAAGUCAGAAUCAAUGGACUGUUGUAAUGGCACCAGUAAUACUCAUCUCUGUUUUAAAUUCCAUGUCAAAACCUCUCCAGAAAAUUCCUCUGUGGAACAGGUAUGUAUAGUGUGGGACAGUCCGAGGUACAGGGGUGUACUGGAAAUCUGGUGUCGGUCUCUCUGUCGGUUUGCAGGAUUUCUUCUUAUUCUUCUUGAUCACUAUUUCCAGUGAACACUAUCAUUUGUAAAAGCACAAAAAAUGUCAAGAAAUUAAAAUUGUCCAAUGAUAUAAUGGAGAACUUAAAAUGGUGACAUGAAAAUGACCACGUAAGUAAUGGACAAAUUAUGGGCUAUAUAGAUUUGACUUUGUAAGUGCCUCUGCCCUCUGCAAUCUGUCCUUAGUAUAUAUACUGUUGUAUAAUGCCUGGGUGCACAAUCUAUAUGCCCACAGUAGUAUGGUAACAUGAUACUCUAAUUCAAACAAGAUUCUGGUGGUCAAGAGACAUACCUCACAGAUCUGUACAGGGUAUCACAUAAACCUCAUAAGUAAUUUGAUUUAUAUUUACACUACAUAUAAUCCGAAGGAAAAUAUUGUGUGUAUACCAUAAUAUAUCUCAUGAACCAAUUAAAGUCAGUCUAUAGUUAAACUACAACACGGUCCAUAUGAUGUUAAAUUCGACUUCUUUGUAAUUGUUGUAGGGAUGAUAAGGGUCAAGGUAAUGGUCAUGGGCCAUGUCUAUAUGAGCCUUUGCUCUUUUUUCACAGCAAAGUUUGUUGUUAAUCUUGGUAUCGUUUAAAAUAUGUGUAAUUAGGAAGUGUAGAAAAUACAGCUUCAGCUAUAGUAGUGACAAUAAGGGCCAAGGUUAAAAAGUGAUACUUCGGAGACCUGGGUUUAAGUGUAUGUGUGCAUUUGCUCUUUUUUUCACAGGAAAGUUUAUUCUUAACCUAGAUAUUUUUUGAAAUACAUGUAAUCAGCAGUGUAGAAAGUUCAGGUUUACCUAUAGACUAGUCAUCAUUGACAUUUGUUGGUCUCUGUGUGUGCUUAAGAAUUUCAUAGACCUGGAAAUGUAUCCUGACUAUCCUUUCAAGCACCAUCUAGGUUAUAAUGUAUUAUGUGCUCCUGGUGCCAUGAUAGCUCUUUCAGUUAGAGCCUCGUCACAUACCCUGAGGUGAAGAGCUGAGGUGUGUGGUUCGACUCUCCCUACCUGUGUCACUUUUUGUUUUCUCAGGAAGCUGAGAAAGGGCUGGUCCGCGCUGUCAUGUUUGUGUCCUUGGGCAAGACACUUUACCCUAAUUACUCUGGUUGGCAUGCGACAGGUCUUGCUUAUAUUGUUCAGUGAGGUAGUCACCGACUACUACAAGGAGACUCCGCCUCAAAAUGACCUUGGCUGUUCAUGGGGCAAUAAACCCAGCAAACAAAACAAACUCCUGUGGCAGUAAUUUUGAAUUGACUUGGUGUUUAUUAGAUUAUAUUGUGACUUUUUCUGCAUGAUUAUGGUAAAGGGUGAUAGAUUGUGUGAGGAUAAUUUCUUAUUUGUGUGUAUUGUUUUAUACAUGUAUACCAGUGUACAGUACAAGUUGUUUGAUGCUAUUGUUUUUCAGAUAUUAAAGUUACAAUAUCCAGAAAUUUGGAAAACUAAGUGGAACACUUGUAAUUCAGUCUAUAAAUUUCAUCAGGAUUUGUAGUUCUUGGAAACUGUUUUUAAAAAAACAUUGUUAGUCUCAUUGUGAUUUUCGAAUUUAAAUAUAUUUGGGGGUAAAGAGUUUGGCAAGGGCUUUACAAUUAUUGUAAAAUGACUUUAGUUUAUAUUUCAGAAAUAGUAUUACUGUUGGCACAUACUGGGUUCUAAUUGUAGCACCAUGAAGAGAACUAAAAUCGUGGUUUACGGGGGGGAAUUACCGAGUAUACUUAAUACAUAUAUUUAUUACAUUUUUACCAGUGAAAGAUCGCAAAUUAUUCAUUCUAUAAAGAUUUUUUUU